AUGGUACGUUCGAGGAGGAGAGGAGGAGAAGACGAGGACGAGGAGGAGAGCGUUGACUUGAGCAUCAGGCACUUUGAUUCAGGGCUGUGCGUCGAGCUGUGGCAUGAGAGCUACGGCUCGUACCACGUAUACCUGCCCAAUGAGAGCAAGGACGUCCAUGAGCCCGGAAUCCUUGCACCUGUCACCUGCCUGCGAGCCCCGGAGCUGCUCUAUCACUUCCUUGGGGAAGCGGCAGAUGAGGGAGAGGAGCAGGAGAAUUGUGAGCUUGUGCGAGACCUUGACGUGACGAACAGCAGCGGGGAUGUAACGUGGAUGGUGCGGGUGGGAGGACACAGCAUGGCGAUGGGGAGGACAUGCUCCCGGGCAGUGAUCAUGAUCAGGCAUGCGCAGACCAAUGCGGAGGUACUGCUGUGCGGAGGGAAGCUGUUUGCUCUGAGCCAAGAGAACGAGAUCGCGCAGCUCGAGCCCACCUGCACCGAGCUGGAGGUCAGAGUAGCAGUGGCAUGCGGCAGUGCUGAACUUGAUCGAACCCCCCGCAGGAUCUUACCAGAGCUCGCUGAAGCCUCCCUGCCCCGUUACGACUGCUCUGAGGAGUUCUGGCGAUCGAGCUGGACGAGCUCGGGGGGGAGCAGGAGGGGGAGGGGGAAGGAGAGGGCGCGAGGGGCUCAUGGACGAUGGACAGGAUGGUUCUCCAAGUCGGGAGAGAAGGAGGGGUACGGGGAAGUUUUGUCUUCUCCUCACAUCGCCCUCCACCCUCGCCCCCUCUCUCGCCUCCUCCAUGGCGAGCUCUACGGGGAAACCGAGCUCGCUACUUCUGCUCUUGCAGUAGCCAUACAGCGGGGGAGGAAGCAGGUGACUUGCCUCAAGCAGUGGGCGAUGCGUUUAGCAUCGGAUGCUGCAGCGACAUCGGAGGAUCUCAAUAGCGUUUUGCUCACGGCUGCGGAACAAGGAUGGAGCGAUCUCUUCGUUCAGGAGAGGGGGAAGACGCGGUGGAGGUGGAGGUGCAACGAGAGGAGGAUCGACUUCAACUGCCGGGACAGGAGCGGCAGGUCGCCGCUGAUGCUCGCGAGCUUGCGCGGGAACCUAGAGAUGGUGGAGCUGCUGCUGGGCCUGGGGGCUAAGGAAAGUGCAGCUGGGCGGCAGGUAGAGGAGGUGGACCCGAGCUGGAGGAAUGCGAUAUUUUUUGCUGUGGUUGGGAUGGGCCGGCUGAAGGAGAGCGAAGGAGGAGGAGGAGGAGGAGGAGGAGGAGGAGGAGGGAGACACAUGGAAGUCAUCGAGCUGCUGCUCGAGUUUGGAGGAGACGCCGAGGGGACGGAUGCAGUCGGCGCUGGCGGGACUGUGGGGGCUGGGAGAGUGCGUGGAGAUGAUGGAGAGAAGGCGGAAGGAGAGGAGGGAGGAGGGAGGAGGAGAGCAUGA